AAUCUAUAUGAAUCAAUGCAGAACCAGUGGAGAUUGGAGAACUGGGGGAGUAUUCAUUGGUAGCAGCAAGCUCAGUUCUGUUGUCCCUUUAGACAAAACAAAGAAAGUUGCUUCCAGGUUUCUCUGUGGAUGAUGGUCCUGGCCAGUAAAUGAAGGUGCCUGUUAAGUUGCUGGUGGAAUACUGAAGUUAUUUUUGCAGCAUUUGUCUCCUGAGACAGAAGGAUAAUGAGCAAGAGGGUCUCAACUAGAUUGGUUUUCAUUUUGGCUCUGUUUUCUGACACUGUUAAGCUGGAAUUGGGAACUGAGCAUGAAGAAAGGAACCCAAAGCACAGGACAAAUCUGUCUGUUCUUGGAACACAACCACCUCUGAGAUAUUUUGACUUUUCCCUGAAGACCAUUAAUGAAACAAAUGGCUUUUCAGAGCUGCAAUCUCAUGUACCUUUUAUUGGCCUCACAGACAGCAAGAAGUUAAAUAGACACUGCUGCAAAAAUGGAGGAACCUGUAUCCUAGGCAGUUUUUGUGCAUGUCCAAAAUAUUUCACUGGGCGAUACUGUGACUUUGAUGAACGGAAAAGAGACUGUGGUGUUGUUCUCCAUGGAAACUGGCUACAGAAAGAUUGUUCCUUAUGCAAAUGUGUUUAUGGAACUUUGCAUUGUAUCCCACAAAUGUUUCAAGAUGGUUGUGAUGAAGACAAAUAUGAAGAGGAGAUUCUCCGAAUACUUUCCAUGAGUUCUAAACUGCAGCCAACAGGACGUAUCUGGGUUUUUACACUGUUUAUAUCCCAUUUUAUGGUGUGACAGCAGAAUAGAAAAGUUCUGUUUCGUCUCUGUGCUUGUAAUCAAGAUUUUAUUUUUAAUUUAUCUUCAGACUUUUUUUUCCCCCCCGUGGGAAAAGUCCUGUAGAAUUUUAAUAGUGCUGUUGGUUUUUAUCAGCUCUUUUAACAUUCCCAUAGAAUUCAAGGGAGACUUCCACCGUAGGGAUCUACAGGAUGUUUUGAUUUUUAAAAUGUAUAGCAAAGAUAUAUCAUUCUUUCAAUUUUAUGUAGGUUUUUUUUUUUAGAAUAACUGCUAUAUAACUCUACUGACUUCAUCUCUUUUUAAUUUCAAAAGACUUUCCCAGAAGUGGAGUGAGGUUUUUUAAAUAGCUCGCACUCAAAGAUUGUAAGAUAAUACUAAAGAAAUUGUUUGGUGGGAAGACUAAUGUGCAAACAAUGUAAUAUUUCAGUUUUAGCUGCAAAUAUGAAAGGUAGGGCAACCACUUAAACUGUGUGAGUGGGUUCUCUUUAUUGAAUCUGAAGUGGAAUAUAGUAAACUCCUACCCAAUAUACAUGAUAUAUUCCUUACCCUUAGAUUCCAAGCUUUACAAUGAAGUCAACUUGGGAAAACUACUAUAAAUUAUAACUAUAAUUAUAGUUCUAUAUAACAAUUCUAAUUGCUGGCACCAAAAAAAACUUCUAGAGAUUGUUUAAUAGAAAACAAAUCAUAAUCCAAAAAGUGCUAUAGGCUCAGAUCAGCCAGCCAUAUGUAGUAAUCCCCCCACCCACCCCCAAUUUAAGACAUCACAGCCACAUGACUUCAGAACACACUUUUUUGUAGUGAUGAGUUAGUUAAUUGAGGUAAAAUCCUAAUGCAGAAAAGGCAGUAUGUAGCCUUCAUACUAGGUGGUAGGUCACAUUAACUCCAUGGUGCCCCACAGUCUUUAAUUUGACAUGCCAAG